AUGAGUAGUGAGGGGCCCCCAGAUCCAAUAGAGAAUCUGACACCGGAUGAGGCCAACCGGAUCAUCCAUUCGCAUCGUAAAGUGCGAUACGGCACCGCUUGCUGGCCCUGUCGACAAAGAAAAGUGAAAUGUGAUAAUAAACAGCCCUGUGAGAACUGCGUAAAGAGAGAUCACGCGAACUUGUGUUCGUACAACCCAAAGCAGAAUGCGUCAAAGUCUUCAUCAAGUACAGUCACGGGAACGAAAAGGGGUCGCUCACCCGGAAGUGAGAGCUCACUAAGAAAAGAGGACGAUCGUUGGCCUAGAACUAAUGAUGAGGAGGAUCCCAAUGAAUCACGGUAUCUGGGUCAGAACAGCAUAGCCGCAUUCUUGAGUGAGGAGACAAGAGCGGGGGAGCCUGCAGUAGAUGGGGAACAAGACGUUAUCCGUAAGGAUAUUAUGCCAAUACUUGGCUUGCAAAUAUCCUCAGCACCCUACCCUUUCAUGUCUAAGGAACAUAUGGACAGAAUUCGACUGGACAUUGCAGCUGCUUUGCCUACAGACAGAGAGGUUCUCAAGUCAUUUCAAAUAUACAAACAAAUCGUUCAACCAUUCUGGGGCCUCCUCAUCGACAUCGAAGACUUCGAGACGAAGCUAUGCAUCUAUCUAGAAGAUCGAGUAGCGAGUGCGAAGCAUCCUGCCACUGGAUCAAAAGGAGUCUCGUCAGCUUGGUUGGGCAUGCUCUUUGCUGUCCUAGCUGUGUCGACGAACUAUACAGAACUUCCAUAUCACAAACGUGUUGCAACAUCCCAAGCCUUUGUCCAAAUAUCAUUCCACUGUCUCAGACUUUCGAACUUUCUCAUCCGCCCUUCGCUUGAGUCUCUACAGGCACUUCUCAUCCUCGGAUUCGUGCUCGCAAAUGAUAUGAAAGCUGAGGCAUCAUGGGCAUUGAUAGGUUUGACAUGUAGACUUGCCCAAGCACUAGGGUUGCACCGAGGGCCACACGAGUACGCGCGAGCACCAACACCGGCAGAGACUGAUUUACCUCGAAGAAAGCUCUGGUGGACUAUCGUUUGGCAAGAUAGUCUCCUCUCACUCUCUUUCGAUCGCUCACCCAUAGCCAUCAUGACUAGAUGCCAGCUGCCUCUCGGUCCGACAGCUCUUACCGAAGGUUUCACAUACACUGAAGCCAUGUAUCACCUCUGCCAAAAGAUUCUGCAAUCCGUGAAUAAUGACACAAGCUCACAACCCGAGUUUGACCAAAUAAUUGCCGACUCUAUUGAGGUUGAGAACAUCCGCUCACGAGUACGACCUGAACUUCGCAUCAAAGAGGCUUGCAAAACAGUUCAAGACCGACUUCAACACUGCGCCAUAAUACUCCACACUUCAUUCGUCGUGUCAGUGCUUUGUCGGCCUGCUCUCCGACGAGGCGAAAGUCCUGGGAUGAAUAGCACGCAGAAGCAGAUUCUAGCCGACAAGUGCAAGGAGAAUCUUGCCGAGACAGUUCGCAUGUAUCUGAAGAUGCAUUCCUUAUCUGUCAUUCCAACCAGAUCAUGGGCAUUCACGUACCAUGGUCUCUCGUCGGCAGUCUUACUCGGGAUCUUGGGAGAGACGAAAACAGAUCCCGAAGUGCGAACUUUGCAAGGAAACUUGAUAUCAGCACUAUCAACUGCCGCAUCAAAGGAGCAGACAUCUCCAAGUUUACCGAAAAGCGAUAGAGAUAUCGAAUUGAGUGGACCGCUUUCGAGAGCACUUGUUGCGCUGAAGAAUAUUUAUGAUCAUGGAUGGGUGGUUGAGCGACCUAAAGGAGGAGUCCCUGGAAACACCGGUGCGCCAAUUGAUGGAAGUAUGGCCCUGGAACAAGACCCGACGACAUUUGAGCAACAAAAUGCAGCCAUGGCGAUGGCCAGUAUGCAGAAUGGGAUUAUGCCGCCGCUUGACUACACACAACAAAUGAUGGCGCCAGUUGAUUUGUCGAAUCCACAAGUCGAUCAGACUCUAAAUAUGUCGCCUAUGGAUCUUUUUGAUUCGAUUUUCUGGGAUCCUUACCCGACGAAUGGCUUAGAUCAGCUUGGUGGCUUUGAUUAUACACAGCAGUUAUAUCCUCAGUAUUAG